ACCCCACAGUGAUGUUCUCUCAUAAUAUAUCCGAGGUCAUCUUCGAGUCUUUUUGUUUUUCCCCCAAUCCUUCGUCUUAUUAAGCUUGGUCUUCUUACUAGCUGGCCUUGGUCCGGUCCUGGUCGAAAGCCAUGUACAUCAUGGUGCCGCACUCUGCUCAAAGGCCGCUGUCGCGUGCUCGCUUCAGUCAACAGCUAUCAUGUAUGUCUUGCAAAACUACGUAGUUUUAACGCUUUGGAGCCAAUGCGCGUUCGCGGCUCACAGUUUCGCAAAACGCAAUGACACCAAGAGUUUCGCUACCAAUCUGUUGCACGAAUCCCUAGAUUGGUUGGAUAGGUUCUACGACAAUGAAAGAGGCUAUUUAUUCAGUUUGGAUUCAGAGGCGCUGACACAUGUAACGAGAGAAAGUGUGUGGUAUGCGGCAGGUUUGCUGGCGCGAAAUGAGGUGGAUGAUGUUGAGCAGGCCGUGCGAAUCGUCAGCAACGUCAUUGGUGCGCAGUUUAAGAAUGAGAGCGAGCAAUGGUUUGGCGACUAUCAGAUCUACCCCGAGGAACCCUCGGUAGGAACCGAGCAAUACCUACCCCGUAUCUACAGUUCAUGGGACCCAAAUUGGCGAGGCUUCAUUGGCACUACAUUCAUCCUCAUUCUUGAAGAGUUCUCGCACCUGAUCCCGCAAGACAUUCAGGAGUACAUGCUGGAAAGUCUCUACAACACCACAAUUGGAGAUAGCUACCGCGUUGGUGGCGUUGACCAUGAUAAUCUGUACCCUGCAUAUAGCAAUCCUUCGAUCAUGCGAGCUCUUGUAUCAGGAUGGGUGGGCCGUAGAAUCAACGAUUCGAACAUGACGACUGCCGGCGAGGCCGACGCCAAAGCUAUAAUCGAUCUAUUUACGCGCGAUAACACGCUUUCUGAGUUCAACUCAGGGACGUACGCCGGAGUGUCAUUAUUCGCACUGACGCUUUGGGCCAAGUAUAUGCCCGAAGACAGCCUUAUGGGCCAGCAUGGAGGAGAAAUGAUCCGCCAAACAUGGACUUCGUUGGGACAGCUAUAUAACGCAAACUUGAAGAAUGUUGCCGGGCCUUGGGACCGAAGCUACGGCUACGAUAUGAACAAGUAUCUGAGUAUUCUGGCAUUGCAGAUAUGGACGCUAGUUGGGAAGGAGAAUGCCCCUGUCAACAAAAAGCCAUACGCGAUGGGUCACAAAAACGACUUCUCCAUCUCCCCACUCAUCGCAAUCCUCGCACCGUUUCAUAACACCCUUGUCCCUGAGGAAACACUUUCCUCCUUACUCGGGUUCCCUGGCACCCACACUGUAAAGACAUCCGCUUUCUCUCCACCAUACGACACCUACCCUCGCAACAUCACUGCUUGGAUAUCACCCAAUCUCACUAUCGGCGCCGAGUCGUUUGCCGAGAACGUGAUUGGUGGUCCAUCGAAAAACCCGAGUAGUUUUAAUCCCGCUGUUGUUCAAUGGGCGAGACGGGAUGGCAGUGUAGGAUGGCUGAGUUUGUACGCUCAGGUUAAGGAGUUGGAUGUCAAAGUGGGUGAGUGGACGCUAGAGCUGAAUUAUCCGAAAGGGAAUGUGAGCAGUGGGUUUUCAUUCUUGGUAGGCACAAAUGGAUGGAAUGAGAGGAGGGAUGUGAGUAAAUGGGAACAUGUCGAGGGCGUCAAAGUCAACGUUACUGGCAAUGUGGACACGAAUUAUACAGUGACAUUCAACGGACUGCGCAGUGGGGCGAGAGAAACUAUCAAUGACUUUGAGUUCUGGAACUUCACAUACACCAUGCCUCCGAGUAGCCAGGAGAUCCCGCGAGUGCAACUAGAUUUCGAGCUUGCUUAGGGAGAAAUAUGUCGAGGCUGGUCAUGCGCGGCAGUCCAGGUAACUUCAAUGACUAUAAGUAUGAAAUAAUGAAGAGCCAUGAAAUCCUAAAACUGUUUUAACGACGC